UUCAUAUGUCAUGGCAGACGACGCUAGAGAUGGGAAGUCCGCCUCCAACGCAUUGUCCAGCGUGUUUGCGGAAAUAUCCCAGCUGCGUACGCGCGAAGCCACAGACAUCACACCAUCCGGCUUUGUUGUUGUUACGAGUGCCAGCUUUUGGAUGGACAUCUUCAUCCGGCACUUUUUGUGUGCCGAAGGCUCGGACCAGCACGACGAUCUCGUGUUCUUUGUGAAGAAGACGGCAUGCAAGGCGUCUCGACGCUACGUUCCACGCCUGGAGACAACCGUGCAGGUGUUCCGUCGCAAUUCCAAGAAGCUUCCCAUAGCGGACUUGGAUCUGCAUUGGGAAGAGACGGUCUACCUGAACCUCAUAGUGCAGCAGCUCGAGUACACGCUCACGGCGGCCGCAUGUUUACGCACGGGGAACCAGCAUCUGCAGGUGCUGCGGCGACGCUCACAGCGCGUGUAUGCGUCGCCUACACGGCACAGCAUGGAGGACAAAGGGGACACUGAAGAAGUGGCUUACCCAGACAUCUUCUUUGCCGUCGACAACUAUGAGGAGGCCUUCCAGGGUCUGAAUCUGCGGCCAGGCGAGUUGCUGUGCGUGGAGCUCUGUGCCCGUUGUCGUGACGGCCCCCAGGCCGCGUUGCUGUUUCUGGGGUGCGUGGCACAUGAGCCAUUGGCCCGGACCCUGGCCCGUGCCGACGCUUCAUCGUCUACGACACCGCGGGGACGAUGUCACUUCGUGUCGCUGAGGGGACCCCAGGGCAGGGGCCAGGCACAGGUGGCGCUCAGGAGGGCGACGGCCGUACCCUCACAGGAGUGGCCUUGCAGUCCAUGGCGCCGAAGUUCAGAGCCCGGCCUGGUGCCGCCACCAAACCCGGGACCACUGCAUCGGUGUCGAUCGGAACGGCAGGGCAUCGACCAGUGUGGAACCGGGGAAGAGCUCGAAGCCGAUGACCUCAGAGAUGCUCUUUGCGGAGAGGACUGUGUGCCGGUCGGUGGUAACAGGAACGAGGGCCUCCUGGACACCAUGCUGACGUACGUGGCGUUACCAUGGCACCACAUUGUGGCCGAUCUACUGGACAUCCGACGCGAGCCCCUGCUUACCUUCUAGCCUCUGCUCGUCGUGCAGACGUUGCAGACUAGUCGACCGUGUUUUCCUAGUCCAACACUGCGACCGCAUCCUCGUCGCAUCCUCCGGAUCAAAUGCAGCCGGCUGGGAGCCAUCGAAGCACGAGGGCACAAAGCGCGGCUAGUCUAGAGAGACAGAAACUACGCGUUCUUCAAUCUCAUGCGCCACAACGUGUUGCAGACAUUGCAUUUUGAGGCCUUUCAGUAGGCACGAAAGCAGGCAUAGUACAUUGGUUACCCACAUCACGCCAAAUUCAGUUGUUUGAAAAUGAUGGUGAGUGCAUUAUGUUUUCUGUGCUGCUCGAAUGGUCUGCCGGCAGCCCAGGAGUUGUGAGCACUGGCUGAGA